ACUUCUAGUAACAACAUGUACUAGUACUGGGUUGAAUAACCGAGGCAGUCAGUCAGACAGAUAAUAAUGCCUUGACCCCGCUCGAAUCCUGACAGAGUUGGUGGCUAGUGGCCAGCAACUAGAUAUAUGAACGUCGUCCAGCACUCACCAGCCAGCUGGUGUUCUGACUUCUUCGACAACCCAGUCGGCAGAGAGUGUUAACCACUAUAACUGUGCAUCAUGGCUUGCAAGGUAUCAGGAACGGCGUUUAUCACGGGGGGUGGAAAUGGCAUUGGCAAGACCACCGCCUUCACGCUUGCCCAGAAUGGAAUCGAAGCACUAUCUCUCUUGGAUGUGAACGAGACACUCCUCCAACGCACGAGAAACGAGCUCGCUACCUCAUAUCCCAAUGUUGAAGUGGAACUUACGGUUGGAGACGUCUCCAAGGAGGCAUGCGUGGAUGAAGCCGUGCGCCGCACCGUCGAGCGAUUCGGUCGCAUCGAUAUCUCGGUUCACUGCGCCGGGAUUGUGGGGCAACCGACCGCGACCCAUGAGCUGACGGCAGCAGAAUGGCAGAGGGUGAUCGAUAUUAACCAGACUGGGGUGCUGCUCUGCCAAAAGGCCGUGAUACGCCAGAUGCUGACACAGGAAUCGCGCGGUUUGCGUCUCGGUCGGGGGACGAUCGUGAAUAUGGCUUCUAUGUUUGGGGUAGUGGCUCCGGGGGGUUGGUCAGGACUGUCGGCCUAUACAGCUUCCAAGCAUGCUGUGGUUGCUCUCUCAAAAAUGGACGCCAAAGCGUACAUUCAACAAGAGAUACGCAUCAACGCUAUCUGUCCUGGAUACACGGACACUGAUUUGAUCCGCACGUAUUGGGAUGCGGGAUUCAUGGAGCCAGACGCGCAGCGAGUCGCUAUUGGCCGUAGGGCACAACCGGAGGAGAUCGCCGAUGCACUCCUGUUUCUGGCCUCCCCGAUGAGCAGCUACAUGGUAGGCUCCGCCUUGGUCGUUGAUGGCGGUUACACGGCUUGAGCGCUUUGAGCACGGAGGCUUCUUGAUCUACCUACGUACAGCACUGGAUCAAUACCAUCGCCGAUCGGUCU